AUGUUUUACAAAUUCAAUAUAAAUAAAAAACUCCUGCUAAUGAAACUGAGUUUUUUUUUCUACGAUUGUGGAACUGCUCCGAUAAAUCCAUUUUUACCGACUAUAGCUAGACAACGAGGAAUCCCUGUACUCGUCAUCGGAAUAAUUUUUACGAUUAUGCCUAUUUUCAAUAUAGUUACAAGACCAAUAACUGGAUAUAUUACCGACCGUUGGCACUGUCAUAAACAAGUAUUUUUAACCGCUUCGCUAUUGAACGCUUUUUUCACUUUACUGAUACACUUCACGCCUGACUUCAACGAUAAUGGACACACUGAAGAUUUGGGCAUCCUGACGCAUUGGAAAUUUUGGGUUUUCUUGACCACCAUUACAGUAAGAAUGUUGCUUUGGAUGAUAGGAGACGUUCUGCAAGAUACGAUCUGUUUGGAAAUUUUGGGUGACGACAAAAAAAGUUAUGGAAGACAGCGGGUCUGGGGAGCGAUUGGCUGGGGAAUUUCUACACUGUUGGUCGGCGCGUGCGUGGAUUGGUACAGCGUGGAUGAAGAGCACAAAAACUACUUGCCUGCGUAUUUAAUCUCUAUGACAUUCCUUAUCUGCCACUCUAUUGUUGCAUCACAGCUAAACAAAAAUCAAACUUGUACAUCCAAAAGCAUGAUUAAGGAUGUUUUAAAAAUAUUAUGUGACGUUAAAGUCUGUUCAUACAUUGUAUGGGCAGUAUUUGCUGGCAUUUUUACUGCAUACAUUUGGUUUUAUUUAUUUUUAUACAUCGAAGACUUAGCAAACAUUUAUUGUCAAGAACGAUUACCGUGGAUCAAGACUAUACAAGGUUCCUCAGUGACAGUACAAUGUUGUAUAGGAGAAAUUCCUAUUUAUAUUAUGUCAGGAUAUAUAUUGAAACGCAUUGGACAUAUAACAGCUUUUUCGAUAUCGUUCGCAAUGUUUUCGAUACGAUUUUUCCUGUAUUCGAUCAUUAAAGAUCCACUAUGGGUAUUGCCAGUCGAGCUCACUAAUGGUAUAACGUUUGGCUUGGCUUUUUUAGCUGGCAUUUCCUAUGCGGCCGAAGUAGCUCCGAGUGGCAGCGCGGGUACUCUCCAAGGUCUAUUUGGUAUGGCUUUUCACGGAAUAGGUAUAUCAUUUGGUUCUUUCAGUGCGGGUUAUUUGUUCGGACGUAUGGGCAGCUCGGCAUCUUUCGAAUUAUUGAGUUACGUGGCGUUCAUCACUUUUUUAGUCCAACUAUCCAUCAGUCAACUAAUAAUGCGAAUGAGUAGACCCAUAGAAAAUGGUACCUCGAUCGAACAUACCACAUAAUAAAUCGCCAUUUAUCUGGAAAACUUAUUUAACUCGGAGUCCACGAACCCCGUAGUACUAUAGUUAUAUCUACCAAUUACCAUAGUCAACGGAAAUAAAGUUUCGUUCUCUCCGGUAGUUUUUAUAUUUUAAUGAUAAAUGUGUAAUUUAUUGUUUU